GGUAUGGCAAAACAGAUUGCAUAUCGCCUCUUGAAAGAAUGCACUUCUCUUCGCAAUGCCAAACUUCUUCACCAGCAAACCCUUAUUAGAGGAACCAGCAAACAGAUGGCCAUUGACAUUAUAUCAAUGUACUUAUCAUGUGAAUGUCCUAGUUACGCACUUACUGUCUUAGAACAUCUACAGCCAUCUCCUUCUCUUGUUUACUGGUGGAAUGUUCUUAUAAAAAAAGAUGUACAUAUCGGAUUGUUUAAUGAUUCUUUGAGUUUGUUUUCUCGGAUGACGGGGAUGGGAUGGACUGCUGAUCAUUAUACAUACCCUUUUGUUCUUAAAGCUUGCGGUGAGAUUCCUGAUACUCGUAGAGGUAGAAUUGUUCAUGCUGUUAUUUGUAAUAAUGGGUUUGAAUCGAAUGUGUUUGUUUGUAACUCUUUGGUGGCAAUGUAUGCCAGAUGUGGUGCGUUAGAAGACGCUAGGAAGAUGUUCGAUGAAAUGUGUCAGAGGGGUGUGACUGAUAAAGUCUCGUGGAAUUCAAUUGUUGCUGCUUAUAUGCAAUCUGGGGAUUCAGAUGAAGCUUUGAUGUUGUUCAUGAGAAUGACGACAAGUGUUAAGCUUUUGCCAGAUGUGGUGAGUUUGGUUAACAUUCUUCCAACUUUUGGUUCUGGCGGAGCUUUGGAGCAUGGUAGACAAGUUCAUGGUUUAGCAGUAAGGAGUGGGUUAUUUGAUGAUGUUUUCGUGGGUAAUGCGAUUCUUAAUAUGUAUGCUAAGUGUAAAAUGAUGGAUCAUGCAAAGAAGGUUUUUGACGUUAUGGAGGAUAAAGAUGUAGUUACUUGGAAUGCAAUGGUGACUGCGUAUUCUCAGAGUGGGUCUUUUAAAGAUGUAUUGCUUUUGGUUGAGAAAAUGAAAGAGAAGAGAAUUGAAAUGGAUGUGGUUACAUGGAGUGCUGUAAUUGCAGGUUAUGCUCAACGAGGACAUGGUUGUGAAGCCUUGGAUGUGUUUAGACAAAUGCAGAUUUCAGGGUCUGUGCCAAAUGUUGUCACACUUAUAUCUCUUCUUUCAGGCUGUGCCACCGCUGGAGCUCUACUUCAAGGGAAAGAGACCCAUUGUUAUUCGAUGAAAUGCAUUCUAAAACGAGAGGGGGUUGGUCAUGAAGAAGAUAAAAUGGUGAAUAAUGCACUUAUUGACAUGUACGCAAAAUGCCACGAUGUUAGUAGUGCCCGUUGCAUCUUCGACUCAUUAACAUUUAUAGAGAGGAAUGUAGUGACUUGGACUGCCAUGAUAGGUGGUUAUGCACAACAAGGAGAUGCUAAUGAUUCAGUGAAAGUGUUUUCUGAAAUGAUGAGAGGAUCUAGCACUCCAAAUGCCUUUACAAUAUCAUGUGUUUUAAUGGCAUGUUCUCGUCUUUCUGCAUUGAGGUCUGGUAAAGAGAUCCACGCAUAUGCUCUUCGAAACCGAUAUGAGAAUUCUAUGUUACAUGUGGCCAAUUGUCUGAUAGAUAUGUAUUCUAAAUGUGGGGAUGUUGAUGCAGCUCGUAAUGUCUUUGACAAUAUGAAACAAAGAAAUGACGUCUCUUGGAUUUCGUUAAUGACUGGUUACGGAAUGCAUGGCCGAGGUGAAGAUGCUUUAGAGUAUUUUGAUGGAAUGCUAAAAGCAGGUUUUGUUCCCGAAGGACUCACUUUUGUUGUUGUGCUCUAUGCUUGUAGUCAUUCUGGUAUGGUAGAUCAAGCGAUCAAUUAUUUCAACAAUAUGACGAAGGAUUUUGGAGUCAUUCCUCAAGUGGAACACUACGCUUGUAUGGUUGAUGUCUUGGGUCGAGCUGGUCGAUUAAAUGAAGCUGUUGAACUUAUCAAUAGAAUGCCUGUGGAACCAAGUCAAAUUGUUUGGGUAGCACUGCUUAGUGCUUGUAAAACUCAUACCAAUGUGGAAUUGGGGGAAUUGGCUUCAAAGAAACUGUUAGAAAUGGAUUCUGAAAAUGAUGGUUCCUAUACAUUACUUUCAAAUAUAUAUGCUGAUGCUGGAUGUUGGAACGACGUAGCAAGGAUUAGGUCAUUGAUGAAGAAAUCUGGGAUCAGGAAGAGACCUGGGUACAGUUAUGUUCAAGGAAAGAAGGGUAACACCACAUUUUUUGUGGGGGAUAGGUCUCACCCACAAUCAGAACAGAUUUAUAAGGUUCUUGCGGAUCUGAUUUUGCGAAUCAAGGAACUUGGGUAUAUACCGAAAACCCGUUAUGCUCUUCAUGAUGUGGCUGAUGAGGAGAAAAACGAUCUUUUAUCUGAACACAGUGAGAAACUUGCUCUUGCUUAUGGGAUUCUUACCUCAUACCCUGGAGCGCCAAUUCGGAUUAUUAAGAACCUUCGUAUCUGCGGUGACUGUCAUAGUGCCAUAACUUUUAUAUCCAAGAUUGUGGAUCAUGAAAUUAUAGUGCGGGAUCCAAGUCGCUUCCAUCAUUUUAAGAAAGGAUCCUGCUCUUGCAAAGGGUAUUGGUGAUGAUGAGAACCACCUGAUACUAGCUCCAGAUAGGCUUCGUCAACAUUAUACAGUACAGUAUAGAGAGCAAGAAAAGGUGAAGAUUUCGGAACACUCUUAAAGGUGGAAAGUUGAUUCAGCAGUUUUUGGAGGUCUCAGAAGCAGCUAACAGUGCAGUGAGAAGUUCAGGGAGAUUAUUAAACCUCCCUCUUGCCAGUGAAGCUCUCAAAAAAAGAUUAUGUCGAGAAGCUCCUUCAACAGCAACAUCAACAUCAUUUUCUCAUCAAACGUCACGUCAAAUUGAGCAGUCUAGUUGAACACCAACUAUCAGGAUAGCCUUGUGCGGAAUGCCAGCAGUUCAGAUAGGUCGCAAUUUUGUGAAUAUUCAUGAGAAAUUUGCACCUGGGGAUAUCUUGAAGAUGGAGAAGGAUCUUCCUGGCCUAACUGUUCGUCUGUUCCUAUUCAUAGCUACAGGCAAUUGAGGUAGGUCUGGAAUUGGCCGGUGCAGGAAAGUCAUUCUAGGGUCUGACUCCUGGACUGUUGGUCACUAUUUUUUAGGCAGUAGUGUUGUCAAUAUUCAUGAAGAGAAUCCGUUCUAUCCUUGGUUAGUCUGCAGCUAAACCUGUCUAUGAAGCACACAGGUGUGCUGUUUUACAACCAAAACAAAGGAAUGCAGUUCCAGCAGCAGCUCAAGAGUGCCUGUCCCGAGCUCAUCAACUAACAUCGAGACCUCUAAUUUCAAGUCCUUCGCAUCCCAUAAACAUGAAAGCCAACUUUCAAGUGCCGAAGAUCUGCAGCAUUACUGAGCAUCUAUGGUGUCUGCCAAGCAUAUUCCAACCGCUUAAUGCAUGAUGGGACACUAGCAUCCAAGGGGUGAUGCACUUUCAUGAGAACAUAGAGUCACGAGACAAAUGCAGAUAAGAUGGGCCAGGGCCCAGGAGAUAACAGAAUGUGUGUGCCUCACUUGAAUUCAUUCCACACGCAAGUGUUUUUUUUUUUUUUUUUUACCAAAAGGAGAUUUGACUGAAAGAAGAAUAUGCAUGGUUCAAGAUGCUCUGAAGAUACAAAAAUAUAGAAAGUAAGGCACUGUUUUGUAGUUGA